GAUAACAAAAUUGGUUGCAAAAGUGAAAAGUUGGUGAACUUCUUUUAAUUGGAUUCGUCGAGUUUAGGUUUUAGCCAAAUGGAUAAAUUAACCGUAAUAUCCGGAACAUUAUUCAUGUUAGCUGAUGUGUUUGCCAUCAUUAGCUUGGCAAUGCCAGAUUGGAUCAUUACUGACGUUGGAGGAGAUACAAGAUUGGGCCUAAUGUGGACAUGCAUGACGUUGUAUAACAGGCCACAAGUGUGUUUUACACCCAAUUUACGCCUUGAAUGGUUAUUGGCAUUGGUGAGUAUAUUCAUCGGAUGUAUAUGCGUGACUACUACAAUCAUAUUAUUGGCCUCUUCUCAUUGGGAUCGUAAUGUCAUACCUUACGCACGCUGGGUCGGAUUUACUGCAAUGGUACUAUUUUGUUUUGCUGCUGUCGUCUUCCCCAUGGGUUUUCAUAUACCUGAAAUCGGUGGCCAACCAUAUCAACUUCCUAAUAGUCAUCAAGUGGGAGUGUCGUAUAUACUCUUUGUGUUAUCACUGUGGGUUACAGUAGUAUCGGAGUUAUUUGCCGGCAAAGUGUGCUUACCACAUUUUUGAUACAACGUAUACAGGGAAAGGAAUUUUUUAAGCGCCAACUGUGUACACUACUUGGACAGGAAUUAUCUCCAUAUUGGUGCCACAUUACGAGGAAAUAAGGUUUAGAUCAAUUUGAGCACAUCUCAUUUAUUAUUCAAAAACGUGAAGUUUGACCUAGGAAAAUGACAUCUGCUGAUCUGAGGUACUUUGGGAGUAUUUAUAAAUUUCAAAAUUAUAUAGUAUAAUAUUAUAAAAAAUGGAAUAUCACCAGUUAGGUUUAAGAUAUGAUCUUUCAUUAACGUUAUCUUUCUAUCUCUUAGUUAACUAAUAAUUUUAAUGCUUGUCCUAAAUUUGAAUUUGUUUUUCAAUCAAAGGUUGUUUGAAUAAAGUAUAUUUUGCUAUUUAUAGUUAAAAAAUAAGUUAUUGAUAGGAACUGUCUAGGAACACUCAAUUUUAGUCAUUGGAUAAUAUUUGAAAGAGUAGUCCUAGGGUUUAUUUUGUAAUCAAAAUAGUUUGUUUUGUUAAAGCAACGUGUACAUUAAAAAAACGAUUGUAUUUAUUACCAUGUAUAACUUUCAGUUUGUUAUAAAUUAUAUUAUAAAGUUUUAAAUAUAUAAUAUAACAAUGUAUACUAUACAAA